AUGAGUGCAUGGAGGCCCUGGAUCUCUUCCUUAACAACCACUUCAACGAGAGCCUGGAGAGGCUGCGGCCAAGCAUGAUGUCAGCAAGUACUCAGCUUCUGUUGCCGACUUCAGACUCUUUCUGUCUUUUUUGUGGCGUGAGCCGUGAAACCCAGGGGCCUGGCCGACAGGCUCUAGGUCUCCAGGAUAUCGAGUGUUUGCUGAAGCUGACGCCCAAGGCCCGACUGACUCAACAAGGCUGCGGAGCGUCAGCUGUGCAAUGCAAACACGUUGCACAAGACGGAGCAGAUAGAAAGGAACAACGAAGGGAAAGAUACCUGGCCUCUUAUCUGGCCUCCGCAGGAAAAUGCGGCCGAGCCGAGCUGAGUUUGCUCACAGCCAGAGGUGGAGGGUGUUGACCCCGUGGUCCUCUGUUGCUCCCGUUUCUUUAGAGUCCAGGAGAGCAUGUACCACGCUCUGAUCUACGCCACGGUGCUGGAGAUGCAGGCCAUGAUGACCUUUCAGCACGACGACAUCACCAAUGCGGGGAACACCAUGAAGAGCGCCCAGGAGGUCUGUCAGAGGUUUCGACGGAAAUCCCAGGGUUUGGCAAACAAGUCAGUCGGAGAGUCUCUUUCUGAAGUGCAGCUCCAUGCGGAGGUGUGCUAUGCAGAGUGCCAACUCCAAAGAGCUGCUCUCACUUUCCUCCAGGAUGAGAGCAUGGUGAGUUUUAUCAAAGGUGGGAUCAAAGUAAGAAACAGUUACAUGAUUUACAAAGAUCUGCACAACUUCAUCAAAUCUUACAGCUGCGUCAAAGGACCGAGCCACAUUCACCUGGAGGGAGGCAUUUCCUUCGGAGUGGGAGCGUUUAACUUGACGCUGUCUCUAUUUCCUCCUCGUAUUCUUAAAAUGUUGGAGUUUGCGGGUUUCUCCGGUGACAAGGAAUACGGCCUGUCUCUGCUCUGUGACGGAGCCACAGGAAUGAACCUGCGCUCCAUGCUCUGCGCCCUGCUGCUGCUCUGCUACCACACCUUCCUCACAUUUGUCCUCGGUAGUUUUUGCUGCUGGAUUUGUGUGAUGAUUUCAUUAAACAUUGAUGUUAAUGUUAACGUUUCUGUUUGGCUUCAUUUUCCUGUUUUUAUCUGCUCAGGAACGGGGGAGGGAGAGGUUUCUGAGGCUGAGCGACUGCUGAAACCUUUCCGGCUCCGAUACCCACGGGGUGCAAUAUUCCUCUUUUUCGCCGGCAGAACGGAGGAGAUUAAAGGAAACAUCGAUGAGGCGGUGGCGCUGUUCGAAGAAGGCUGUAAGGCCCAGCAGACGUGGAAGCAGUUCCACCACAUGUGCUACUGGGAGCUGAUGUGGUGCUUCACCUUCAAGCGCGCCUGGAAGAUGGCCUACUUCUACGCAGACCUGCUGAGCCAGGAGAGCCGCUGGUCCAAGGCCAUGUAUGUGUACAUGAAAGCUGCUUACCUCAGCAUGCUGCCGGAGGAAGAGGCGCGGCCUUUUGGAGAGAACGAGGUGGAGCUCUUCAGACAAGUACCAACCCUCAAGCAGAAGAUAGCAGGAAAGUCUCCUCCGACCGAAAAGUUUGCAAUCCGUAAAGCCCGACGCUACAAGUCUUCCAACCCGGUCAGGCUGCCGGUGCCGGUUCUGGAGAUGAUGUACAUGUGGAACGGCUUCAGCAUGAUCAGCAAGCGGCCAGAGCUGACCGAAGGGAUGAUGCAGACUCUGGUGGAGGCAGAGCGCACUCUGCUGGAAUCUCCCGAGCACGAAUACCUGAUGGAUGACCGCUGCUUGAUCCACAUGCUGAAGGGUUUGUGCUUUAAGAACCAGGCGAUCCUGCAGGCUGCUGAGGAAUGCUUCAACAAGGUCUGCUCCAGUGAAAAGAAGAUUAAGUUUGACCACUACCUGGUGCCCAACGCUCUGGUGGAGCUCAGUCUGCUUUACAUCAACCAAGGCAGGAGAGACGCGGCUAUCAAGAUACUCCAUAAAGCCAAGCACAACUACAAGGACUACUCCAUGGAGUCCAGGACUCUGUUCAGGAUCCACGCUGCUCUGGCCAAACUCAAGGCGGACCCUGAGGAGGAAGACAGCCAGAUGUGACGGAAAUGACCAGACUGCUCGUCACGGACCGUUCUAACCUGUAGUUUAUUUACAGCAAACUUGACUUUUAAAUACAACAGACAGUCGGGUUCCACUCACAAAGGUGUUUUUUGUGCCGUCACUGUGAUUUAAAGAGGAGUGCUGCUCAGACAGACAGCAGCAGAGCUGGGAUUUUCACUACCUGCCACAGGCGAACACACACCUGAGUGUACAUAUGCAAGUUAUUUUAUUUAACGGAGGAGGUUUUACGGUUUAUAAUGACACUGAAUCUUCACUAAUUGAACUUAUUUUAGAAGAGUUAAGCACAUUGUAAGAUUUAUUCAAACGUAUGGUUGUGCUGUGUUCUUCUUGAAGAGAAGGGAAAAAUCAGUGGGGAACAUCCGCUUCUGUAAACUGUACUAGGUACCAUUAAAGUGACGAUGUGUCAUUUUUAAUAGUGUGAUGCAUUGUGGGAAACUGUUGGUCACUCAUACACCUUAAUAAAAUACAGUGCAAACAUGUGGAA